CAGCAAGUAGUAACGUAAUGGCUACUAUCCCUGCAGAAUCGGUGAAACAGUGGACAAGAAACGGCAUGAGAUGUUGCUUUGGAGUUCUUAGUUGUGUAUUGUUAUGCGGUGCCGUCUUCACAAUUGCAUUUGGAGUCGUUAUACAGAUGGAAUACGGUGGACCUAUAAAUACAUUUGGUGGCCAUUUUCAGCUUUUUUCUAUUCUGCUGCUGUGUUCGGGAACCCUCUACUUCCUUCUUGCAAUGUUUGGCAUCGGAUCGUUAAUACUAAAUAGCUCUAAGGGCUUAUCUAUUAUGACAUAUUUUGUGUUAAUACUAGCAAUUGUGCAAAUUUUUACUGGUAUGGUCGGUAUCGGAGCGAAGGGUUACGUACACGGUGAAAUUAACAAGCGCAUGAAAUCGGCUCAAAUGAAUUAUCUCAAGAAUCCCACUUCGCAAAUUGCAUGGAACACGACACAACGCGAAAUGAUUUGUUGUGGUAUUUAUUCGUCGAGUGAAUGGUUCAGAGUUUUGGGUGACCACAAUCUCCCAGAUUCGUGUUGCAUUUAUAAAUCUCCAGGCUGCGGUCUCCAAGCUAUCGCCCAAAGCAAUUAUUACAACGACGGCUGUCUGAGAAGUUACGUUAGUUUUACCAACCUUUACCAAUUUGGAAUUUCCAUAUACUGUCUCUUAUCUAAUUUUCUCCAUCUUUUCUUGAUAGCAAUACCUAUAUAUUUAAUACAAAAGCUGGAAGAAUACGAUAAACUGUAGAAUGGUGUAUUUGAAAUACUUACAAUUCCUUCUAAUAACUGCUUUAUAUUGUUACUCGCUUAUAUUUUUAAAAUACUGCUCCAACGAAAAUAACCGGUUUAUGUGAGGCUGUUUCAUUCCGCUUUUUACUAAUAUGAAUAAUUUAUCUUAGAAUGAAACCGGGCAAUGGGAAUCCAUCUAGACAUUUCAAUUUGCUUUAAAAUGUGAACGAACCUUGAAGCAUCGUACUGAUGUGACGACUAACGCCCACAAUGAUUUAUUUAUAUAACCUAUUUCCGCAAUGGCAACUAUUGCAUCCUGCUUGAGGAGGAUCACUUUGACUACGAUAAAUAUCUGCCGGCUGUCCUUUAUCUUCGUUGAAAAGUUUUUCUGUGACUAUUAUGAAGUAAGGAGCAUACAUACUCGUUCCUAAUUUACCGUAUAAAUUUUAUUUCUGUUGUGACUA